UAUAUAUAAGCUCUCAUUGUUUAUUUUCUAUGUUGACCGAGCUUACACAAGAAUUAAAAAUUGAAAGAGCAAAAACUGGAUGAGUUUUCUCUGCUGCCAGCAAGACCAUGUGAAAGAAGUCAAAGUCAGCGCCUUGGCACAUGCAUGAUCCAGGAACUUUUACAAGUAACAAGCUUGCUUCUCUUCACAUGUAUUCUGAAAACUUGAUCACUUUGCUCUCAUUGAUUAUCAUGGCUGGAGCAGUGAUUGGUGGAGCUUUUCUUUCUGGCUUCAUUAACGUUGUCUUUGACAGGUUCCUUUCUGUUGAGGCUGCCAACUUGGUCUUAGGCGAGAAGCUUGGCCCUGACUUGGUUGAGAGGCUGCAGACUGCUCUCUUGGCAGCUGAAGCUUUGGUUUUGGACGCCGAGCAGAAGCAGCUUGGGAAUGAGCCUGUCAGGAAAUGGCUCCAUAGUCUCAGGGAUGCUGUUUACAAAGCUGAUGACUUGCUAGAUUCUGUCUUCACUAAAGCCGCCACUCGAAAAGAGGUACCGGUGAGUACUUUCUUGCCCCGUUUCAUCAUGAAUUACAAAGAUAGAGAGAUGAUUAUUGAGAUUAAAAGAGUGGUUAGAAGAAUAGAAGAUCUUGAGAAAUGCAAAGAAAGCCUUGGUCUGGAAAAAAUUCCCACUAGAAGUUCCUCAUCAUGGAGAACUCCAUCUACUUCUCUUGUGAGAGAGAAUGUGUAUGGCAGGGAGGAUGAUCAGGUGGCCUUAAUCAAGAUGCUAUACGACAACAAUCAACAUCAGCUAUCUGUGAUUUCUGUUGUUGGAAUAGGUGGAGUUGGUAAAACAACUUUGGCACAAUGUGUGUACAAUAAUGCUGAGUUGAUGAAGCGGUUUGAUCUGAAAGCAUGGAUUUGUGUUUCAGAAAAUUUUGAUAUUGUUGAAAUUACAAAGAAUGUUAUAAAGGAGAUUUCUCGAGAUGCAUCUUGUCUUGAGAAUUUCAAUUCGCUUCAACUUGCCUUGAAGGGACUGUUGUCUAAAAAGAAGUUCUUUAUUGUUCUUGAUGAUGUUUGGAGUAAUGAUGGUCAUGAAUGGAGUAAUUUUAUAAUCCCUUUUCAAUAUGGGGCUAUGGGAAGUACUAUUUUUAUAACUACUCGAAGGGAAAAUGUUGGAUCGAUAGUCCAAAAUUAUCGACCUUACUUCCUCAACGGGUUGUCGGAUGAAUACUGUUGGUCAGUGUUUGCAGAUAAUGCAUCUUUUCCUAAAAUAUCGAAUGGGAGUUCAGAACUAGAAGGAAUAGGAAGAAAGAUUGUCAAGAAGUGUGAUGGCUUGCCAUUAGCUGCAGAAACACUUGGACGCUUGUUGCGCACAAAGCAUGAUGUUAAGGAAUGGAGCAAAAUAUUAAUGAGCAACAUUUGGGGAUUCUCCGUGACAGAUAGUAAGAUUAUUCCAGCAUUGUUUAUAAGUUACUUUCAUCUUCCUGCAUAUUUAAAGCGUUGUUUUGUUUACUGCUCACUAUAUCCCAAAGGUAAUCAAUUUGAUAAAGAUGAAUUAGUGUUACUGUGGAUGGCCGAAGAUCUCUUACCACCAGCGAAGAGAGGAGAGACUUUAGUAGAAAUUGGUCGUGAAUGUUUUGAUGACUUAGCUUCCAAGUUAUUUUUUAAACAAGUUCAAGAUAAUGGUGGGUAUUUUGUGAUGCAUGAUCUAUUGCAUGACUUAGCGAAAUUCCUUGCUGGGGACUUCUUUUGUUGUUUAGAAGAACAUGGUGAAGAAGAGGAGAUCAGGACUAUGACUCAUCAUUUGUCAUAUAGAAGUUUGCGCCAUACAAUGCCAAAAUAUUUUUGUUCCAUUGAUAAGGCAAAAUCUUUGCGGACAUUUUUGCAUAUCAAUCAUCUUCCUCGAAGGAAAAUGUCGCAUCACAAUCUUCUACCUCCUUCUUUCGGCAUGGAAAGUGCAGCACGUGACGUGUUAUCUAAGUUCAAGUACUUGAGAGUUUUAUCUUUUCAUAAACUUGAUGUGUUGCCUGAUUUAAUAGGUGAAUUGAUUCACCUACGUUAUUUGGAUCUCUCUUGGACUCAUAUUAGAGUAUUGCCAGAGUCAUUGUGCAACUUAUACAAUCUACAAACAUUGAAGUUACAAAACUGUUUGAAUCUAACAAUGUUGCCCAAUGGCAUGCAUAAUCUUGUAAAGCUGCAACAUCUUGAUAUCCGAAGAACCCCUUUGGAAGAAAUGCCGAGAGAAAUGGGCAAACUGAAAUAUUUGCAGCAUUUAAAUUGCUUUGUUGUGGGAAAACAGGAAGACAAUGGAAUCAAGGAGCUAGGAGGACUUUCGAAUCUUCACGAAGCACUUGAGAUCCUGAAACUGGAGAAUGUUACCAGUAGCAGCGAAGCAAUGGCCGCAAGGAUAUCAGAUAAGAUACACAUUGAUGAACUGUCUUUGAGAUGGUCUUUAGACGGGGAUGUGGUUUCAAACACACAAGUUGAAAGAAAUAUACUCGAAAACCUGCAUCCUCACUAUGGCUUGAAAAAGUUAAUAAUAGAGGGAUACAGGGGUACAAUGUUUCCAAAUUGGAUUGGACAUUGUUUAUAUCACAAUAUUACUAGUGUAUCCCUGGUGUCUUGUAACAAUUGUUGUAUGCUGCCAUCACUUGGUCAGCUGCAAUCUCUUCGAUCCCUCGACAUUGAAGGUUUUGGCCAGCUCGACAGUAUUGGGAUCGAGUUUUACAAGAACAGAGACAAUGAUUCUUUGUGCAUUGCACCCUUUCCCUCAUUGGAGUUUCUGAAAUUUUGUAACAUGCCAUGUUUGGAGGUGUGGCACUCAUUUGAUUCAUAUGCUUUUCCUCAACUCAAGAAACUUCAGCUACAGAAUUGUCCAUUGUUAAAGGGAGAUCUACCUAAUCACCUUCCUGCAUUGGAAAGACUUGACAUUACCGGUUGCCAACGAUUCGUUUCUCCAUUGUCAGGGGUUUUGGAAAUUCACACCCUGCACAUAUAUGAAACUACAGAAGGGUCUCAAGAAUUAUUGUUUGAUAUGAAGAAUUUAUUGAUUCGGGGAUGUCAUCCAGAGGUGGAGUCUAUGUCUAAGGCAAUGUCCAUCAACCACUUAGCUUUUCUCAAAGUAAUGCAUAUCUUUAAUUAUUCCUCUGCAGUAGCAUUACCAAGCAAUCAUUUUCCCAAAUCUUUGGCUAGACUAAGAAUUGAUAAUUGUAGCAAAGUGGAAUUCCCAAAGCAGCAGCAACAGCAAUAUGAUUUGGUAGAGCUAGUAAUAGAAAACAGCUGCGAUUCACUCACCUCAUUUUCAUUGGAGCUCUUUCCAAAGCUUGAGCUUCUUCAAAUAAGGAAGUGUGCAAGUAUGGAAUCACUUUCAAUGUCACUGUCACAACAUACUGCUCUCCAUCGUCUCGUCAUUAGUAAGUGUCCGAAUUUUGUGUCGUUCCCAGGAGAAGGAUUGGCUAUGCCUAACUUGGCUUAUUUCGUCGUCAUGAAAUGCUACAAGUUGAAGUCAUUGCCUUGUCACAUGAAUGUCCUUCUCCCAAGUUUAGAGUUUCUCAAUAUAUAUGGUUGCCCCGGCAUUCAAGCGUUUCCAGAGGGAGGCUUACCACCUAAUUUGAAGAAACUUUAUGUGGGAGGAUGUGACAUGCAAUUGAGCAGUCUGUCAUCGAUGGGAAACUUUGAGGCCCUCACUCGUCUUAACAUAGAAGGUGCUGGAUGUGAUAGCAUAAAGUCAUUCCCUCAGGUAGGUUCAUUGCCUCGGCUUCCCUCCCUUAAUAGGCUGGGACUCCAUCAUUUUCAUAAUUUGGAGACACUGGAAUGCAAUGAGCUUCUUCACCUCAACUUCCUUCAACAGUUAAUAAUAGAAGAAUGUCCGAAACUGGAGAAUAUGACCGGCAAAAAGCUUCCUUCCUCUCUGUUACAACUACAAAUCGAUUACUGUCCUUUGCUAUUACAACUGUGUGAGAUGAAGGAUCCAAAAGUUUGGGCCAAAAUUUCCCAUAUCCCCAUCAUUGAAGUCAAUGGCAAACAAAUUCUCUAGAUAAGGAUUAUUUCUUACCAGGUAAAUAGUAUGAAGCAAUAAGAGUUGCAGACGAAGAAAAUCUCCUUGAAGAUCAGUAAAACAAAACAAUCUCGGAGGGUUGUUGGAGUUUUGUAUUCUUGAAAGAGCCUUUUGAGUGAAACACUUGUGCUAGCUUGUUGCUGUUGUUGUUGUUUGAGUGGAACCGUGUUAUGAGAGUUGAAACUAAACUUUGGCUCUUAUAGGUCUAAUAAUAUAUAUUUGUAAGAAGUUUUUUUUGGGUCAAAUGACACAUACACUACAAACUCACACAGCAUUGCCAAGUUUUGAACCCGGAUGUAGUAUAUUAAGAGGUAUGCUAAUAUGCCAUCUCAAUUCCCUUUAAUCGAUCUGCUGUUGUGUGGAUACCCUUCCCUGGACUCUAUAUUUUAGCUGAUGAAAUAAAAUCUUUGAAAGCUUAAUUUGAAUAUUCGUUUUGGAUUUUUGGUAACAUAUUGUGCAAUUAACAGUAAUUUGCCAGUUGUUACAUUAAAGAAUUUAGAUAAUACAGACAUAUAAAGAAACUAAAAGGUCAUGAAGAAAAAAAAAAGAAAUUCCGUGAGAGAUAAAUACUAGUACAGACCAUAUUUGAUAAAGCAUAAAUCAUUUGUAAACCAAAAAAAGAAAAUGUACAGACCAUUUAUCUUGAUUCUUGACUCAUCUAAAUAAUUUUACACUUAUCUUUCUAAAAAAUAAGUUGCUAGUUCGGACUUUUCCAAUUACUCCAAAGUUAGAAUUCACAAAAAAAAAAA